CUUUUUUAUUACUUAUGAUGUUCUAGAUAUAAAAGAACAACAAAAACUACACAAUAGUCAGAUAGGUGGAUUUAAAGUUAAUUCAUGAUAAGCUAAAAGAUGAAGGUACUCAUUUUUGUCUCAAUUCUGUUGCUGUUUAACAUGGCGAAUGGUUUGCCAACACCACAACAGCAAACUAAGCAAACGCCGCUUGAUUGGGGUAAAGCUUUAUUUAAUGCUCAGCCUGGAGCAGCAGUAACUGUAGACCAAGAUGGAAUGUAUGCUAAACCCUCUACUAGGACUCUACCGACAAUAGUUGUGACACCACAACAGCAAACUAAGCAAACGCCGUUUGAUUGGGGUAAAGCUUUAUAUAAUGCUCAGCCUGGAGCAGCACUAACUGUAGGCCAAGUUGGAACGUAUGAUAAACCCUCUACUAGGACUCUACCGACAAUAGUUGUGACACCACAACAGCAAACUAAGCAAACGCCGUUUGAUUGGGGUAAAGCUUUAUAUAAUGCUCAGCCUGGAGCAGCAAUAACUGUAGGCUAAGAUAGAACUUAUGAUAAAUACUUUACUAGAACUCUACCGACAAUAGUUGUGACGUAAAAAAGACAUUUUAUGUUUCCUUUCGAUUCAGAGGCGAUGCACAAUCUCCAGACAGCUGUUUCUGUCUUACGACAUCCUCAGUGUAGCUACGUGCACACCUCUGAAGCAAUAGGAAACCAAACUGUCUAUUUAUAUGGAAUUUUAAUGGUUUAAAAUCCACUUUUGAGACGCUGCAACGACAUCUCUUAAAUAAAAGCGAAAAGUCCCAGAUAUAGAAUUCAUUUCAGAUUUAAAUAAUUGUUUACUAUUUUUAUGUUUAGUUUAAUAGUGAAUUCUGUAUUUGAGACUUUUCGCUUGCAUGACUAAAAUUGUCUUUGCAUCGGAUUAACGUGGAAUAUACGUUAUGUUAUGUCGUUAUGUUACUGAUUAGACGAAGCAACGAAGCACUAAAAAGCCCAAAACCUAGGAAUUUUGUGCAGUAAGAUGAAUCGUCAUGGAACUUUUUGCAUUCGAUUAGAGAGAGUGUCAGGCAACUUUGUGAACUAAAUUCAUCUAGGGCAAAAAUUUUUGUGCAUAAGAAAAUGCAUUUUAAAACUGCAUCUCGAAGAGGUAAAAAUGAAAAAUUUAAAACUUGGGGAAUAUUGACGGAAAUGAGUUGAAUUUUUAUACUCCGGGGUUUUGGGGAUCGCUGAGCACGAAUUUCAUAUCGGCGAUGGUCUCCAAGGUACCUGUUGCCCACGGUCGCCCACUCGUCGCCUAGAGUUUUUAGUUAUAAUUAUCCAAAAUCAGCCAAAAGCUAUAACCUUGGGGGUUUUGGGGGUCGCUGAGUACGAAUUUCAUGUCGGCGAUGGUCUCCAAGGUACCCGGUGCCCAGUGUGUAACUCGUCGCCAGGAGUUUUUAGUUAUAAUUAUUCAAAAUUUGUCAAAAACUAUUACCCUGGUAGUUUUGAUGGUCCCUGAGUACGAAUUUCAUGUCGGCGAUGGUGCCCAAGGUACCUGGUGCCAAGGGUUGGAACUCGUUGCCUAGCGUUUUAUGUUAUAACCAUUCAAAAUCAGUCAAUAACCAUCACUCGGAGGGUUUUUGGAGUCGCUAACACAAUUUAAUGUUGGCGGUGGUCUCCAAGGUAACUGGUUCCCAGGGUGCAACUCGUCGCCUGGAGUUUUAUGUCAUAAUUAUUCAUAAUCAGUGAAAAACCAUUAAUCUGUGGGUUUUGGGGGUCGCUUAGUACGAAUUUCAUGUCGGCGAUGGUUUCUAAGUUACCUGGUGCCCAGGGUGAAACUCGUCGCCUGGAGUUUUAUGUUGUAAACAUUCAAAACCAGUCAAUAACCAUUAUUCGCGGGUUUUUGGGGUCUCUGAGUACGAAUUUCAUGUCGGCGAUGGUCUCCAAAGUACCUGGUGCCUAGGGUGGAACUCGUCGCCUGCAGUUUUAUGUUAUAUUCAUUCAAAAUCAGUCAAUAUCCAUUAUAUCGGUGUUUUGGGGGUCGCUAAAUAUAUUUUUCAUUAAUAAUUUUUCUUAAAACACUUUUAUAUUAUAUCCUAAAAAAUUACCUAUUUAAAAAUUAUUUUAAAAUUUUGUCGCUUUUAAAGCAGUUCUCGUUAAAUUUUGACACUAAUGACAUUUAUGAAAUUUUGACAUAAUUGGCAUUUCAAGGGUAAUUAAGUUACAAUGUAUAAGCAAUUCUUUGUGUUUUCUGCGGUAUUAUUUUAAUUUUUAGAUUUCUAGUGUGCUUUUAUAUAAAAAAAACAGUGGUUUUUAGAACUCUUUAGCGACGUAUUAGUAUAAUAUAAUGUUGAUGGAUUAUCGUCGAAGGCCAAUAUUAUCAACCAAAAAAUAAGAUGUAUAUGGUGAUUUUUCUAUUGACUUUUUUGUUAAUUUUUUUUUAUAUUAUACAAAUAAAUUGAUUAUGAAUACGUGCACUAACAUUUAAUUUAACACGUAUUUUUUAAAUUAUUGUAUACCUACUUUGAAGACCAUCGCCAACAUGAAAUUAGUGCCCAGCGACCCCUAAAACCUUCAUAGUAAUGGUUAUUGACUGAUUUUGUAUGAUUAUACCAUAAAACACCAGGCGACGAGUUCCAUCCUGGGCACCAGGUACCUUGGAGACCAUAACCGUGAUGAAAUUCAUGUUCAGCGACCCCAAAACUCCCCGAUUUAUGGUAUUAAAUGAUUUGCAAUAAUUAUAACAUAAAACUCCAGACGACGAGUUCCACUUUGGGCACCAGGUACCUUGGAGACCAUCGAACACAUGAUUUUAUUGUUCAGCGACCCUCAAAAUCCUCAUAAUAAUGGCUAUUGACUGAUUUUGAAUGAGUAUAACAUAAAUCUCCAGGCAACGAGUUCCACCCUGGGCACCAGGUACACAGGAGAUUAUCGCCGGCGUGAAAUUCGUGCUCAGCGACCCCCAAAACCCCCCGCGUAGUGGUUUUAAAUGAUUUGGAAUAUAACAUAAUACUCCAGACGACGAGCUCCACCCUGGGCACCAGGUAUCUUGGAGACCGUCGACCACAUGAAACUCUUGUUCAGCGACCCCCAAAACCCUCAGAGUAAUGGCUAUUGACUGUCCACCUUGGGCACCAGUUAUCUUGGAGACCAUCGCCAACACUAAAUUCGUGGCCGGUAACCCCAAAAACCCCCCGUGUAAUGGAUAUUGACUGAUUUUUAAUGAUUAUAACGUAAAACUCUAGGCGACGAGUUCCACCGUGGGCACCAGGUACCUUGGAGAUCAUCGCCGAUAUGAAAUUCGUGCUCAGCGAUCCCCAAAACCCCGGAGUAUAAAAACUCAACUCAUUUCCGUCAAUAUUCCCCAAGUUCUAAAUUUUUCAUUUUCACCUCUUCGAGAUGCAGUUUUAAAAUGCAUUUUCUUAUGCACAAAAAUUUUUGCCCUAGAUGAAUUUAGUUCACAAAGUUGCCUGACACUCUCUCUAAUCGAAUGCAAAAAGUUGCAUGACGAUUCAUCGUACUGCACAAAAUUCCUAGGUUUAAUGCUUCGUUGCUUCGUCUAGAUCAGUGGUUUUCAAUGUUUUUGAGUCAUGUACCACCAAAUUAUUUUAAAAUUAUUCUUGGUACCACCAAACUGAAAUACCUAUGGAGCUUAGUAAUCUAACUAACUGCAAAUAUGCUGGAUUUUGGCUGUUUUUGUGUUUUGUGUACCACCCCAAAUAAUGAUAUGUACCACCAGUGGUACAUGUACCACAGAUUGAGAACCCCUGAUCUAGAUAAACUAGUAAAAUGCCGACCAAUAUAAUAUCUACUGUUAAUUUUCCAAUACAUUUAUUGUUUUAAUAUACCACUUGGGUUUAUAAUAAAUGUUAUAUCUAAAA